CACUUCAACUCAUUUAUUAAUAAAAUGAGCAAAACACCUGGUAGCAGAAGGCAUAUCAAGAGAAUUAUUAAUAUAGAUUCAAUCAUAAAGGAACUAUUUUCAAGGGCUGAAUUUUUCACUCAAAGAUACAUUUUUUGUUAUCCAAACAGAGCGGAUAAGCUACCACUAAUUAGAUCAAUUUAUAGAGUACUCUUGAUGCCAGAUGCUUGGCUGAAAAUGAUUAAAUUGUCUCAUAAGGUAUAACUAUAUUUUAUAGUCCAUUUGAAAUACGGGGAAAAGGGAGUCCAUCCUUUACAGGAAUUGGC